AUGAUGAGUAGCUACUCGAAUGGAAGCUCCGACUCAGUCUCAGAGUCUUGUAUCAAGAUACCAACAAUUAAGUUCAGCAAGCUUUUCAUCAAUGGACAAUAUGUUGAUUCCAUUUCUGGAAAAACAUUCGAGACCAUAGACCCCAGAACAGGGGACGUCAUAGCGAGAAUUGCAGAAGGAGAUAAAGAGGAUAUUGAUUUAGCUGUGAAGGCUGCCCGUCAUGCUUUUGACAAUGGUCCAUGGCCCCGGAUGUCCGGAACUGCGAGGGGAAGGAUUAUGAUGAAAUUUGCAGACUUAAUUGACCAAAAUAUAGAAGAAUUAGCGGCAUUGGAUACUGUUGAUGCUGGAAAGCUAUUCAGUUUUGGCAAAGCUUUCGAAAUUCCUUCAGCUGCAAAUUCUCUUCGUUACUAUGCGGGUGCAGCAGAUAAAAUUCACGGAGAAGUGCUGAAAAUGUCUCGUGAAUUGCAAGGGUACACCCUGCGCGAACCCAUUGGCGUUGUAGGACACAUAAUUCCCUGGAACUUUCCUAGCCCCAUGUUCUUCAUGAAGGUUAGUCCAUCCUUAGCUGCUGGGUGCACCAUGGUAAUCAAGCCUGCUGAGCAGACACCUAUUUCGGCUCUCUUCUAUGCUCAUCUUGCUAAGCUGGCUGGCAUUCCUGAUGGAGUUCUCAAUGUUAUAACUGGAUAUGGACCAACAGCCGGUGCUGCCAUUGCCUCUCACAUGGACAUUGAUAAGGUAAGUUUUACUGGGUCUACAGAAAUUGGACGUCAAGUGAUGAAGGCUGCUGCCGCAAGCAAUUUGAAAUCAAUUUCACUAGAAUUGGGUGGUAAGUCUCCUCUGCUAAUUUUUGACGAUGCUGAUGCAAGUAAAGCUGCUGACCUUGCGCUCUUUGGCAUUCUGUCUAACAAGGGAGAAAUUUGUGUGGCAAGUUCGCGUGUUUAUGUUCAGGAGGGGAUUUAUGACGAAUUUGUUAAGAAGUUGGUCGUGAAGGUGAAAGCUUGGGUUGUCGGGGAUCCUUUUGAUCCUAAAGUUCGUCAAGGACCCCAGGUUGAUAAGAAGCAGUUUGAUAAAAUUCUCUCUUACAUUGAACAUGGCAAAAGAGAAGGAGCCACUUUGUUAACAGGUGGUAAGCCUUUGUACGAGAAAGGAUAUUACAUCGAACCAACAAUUUUCACCGACGUUAAGGAGGACAUGCUUAUUGCCAAAGAUGAAAUUUUUGGACCUGUUAUGUCGCUGAUGAAGUUCACAAGCGUGGAUGAGGCAAUUAAGAGGGCCAACGAUACAACAUAUGGUUUAGCAGCAGGCAUUGUGACCAAGGAUUUGGACGUGGCUAAUACAGUGUCAAGAUCAAUUCGUGCAGGGAUCAUUUGGAUCAAUUGUUAUCUGGCCUUCGAUGAGGACUGUCCAGUUGGAGGUUACAAGAUGAGUGGGUUUGGAAAAGAUCUUGGAUUGGAUGCCCUUUAUAAGUAUCUCCAAGUUAAGUCUGUCGUAACUCCUAUUUAUAACUCAACCUGGCUAUGA